UAUAGAAAAAAAAACAUUGUAUAUAAAUGGCUGACACCUAAACUCCUAAUGAUAUUAGUUAAGUGAUUCCUAUUAAUCCUUAAUAUCAAGUACCCAAUCCAGUUCACAAUCAAGCUUAGAUUACUAACCAAAUUCCACAAAUGUAAUAACCCCAAUAAUAAACUUAUGUUGUAUAUGCUCCAUAGAUGUACUAACAAAGACCUUAAUUUAAUCUUAAUCAAGUUCAGCCUAUUCAAUACCCUUAAUUUCAACAUCCUUAACACAUGAAUCCCCAAUAAUAAUAACCAUACAUAUAAUACCAACAAUAACCUUAAAUUGCUUAACCAUUACUUCCAAUGAUCAAACAAGAGGAAACCUUAAAGCAUGAUUCCCUUAGAUUAGCUGGAAAGUUGGAGAGAAGAUAUUUUAACUUAUAGGUUCUCUCCUUUUAUCUCCUUUUUCAGGCUUUAGCUCUAAUUUUGUGCUGUAGUUCUUAUCACAAUGACUUUAUACAAUUCCAGUAUAAUCUUUAUGGAAAUUUUAAAGUUCCAUUUUACAUUUUUACUGUGAUCAUGAGUCUUUCACUCAUUUAUUCAUACACAACUUCAAAGAAAUUGAAAAAUAAAUAAUCUAGCACUAUUUUAUGUGUUGUUUAUGGAUUAGCUUAUGGUUUUUUUAUUUAAGCCUUAUAUUCCUCUUGUUACUAUAAUUUCUAAUAUUACCAAAGUGGGAAUUACUAUCACUUUUUGGAAUCAAAUGGUGGGGAUGUGAUAGUAAUUAUAGUAUUCAGUUUCAUCAAUCUAGAAGUUCUAUCAUUAUUUUCAUAUUCAAUGUAAGAAUUAGAUCAAUUAAAUUUCAAAAGUAAAAUUGAAUUUUAUUAUUAGAUUCUUUCUGGUACAUUGUGAUACCUUCCAUUACUUAUGGUGGAAUCUUAUUUUCUAUUUAUGACAGAUAUGCUAUUUUAUGUGGAAUUAUCUGUGCUUCACUCGCUUUUGGAUUCUAUUUAUAAUUUAUACUCUCUAGAAUGAUUCAAUCCACUAAAGUAAUCAUUAUUUAUAUUAUUUAAUAGUUUAAUUUAAGAACUGAUGAUGGUUAAUACGCAGCUGUUCUAUUCAGUUUCUUAAUUUUAGUUCCUUUUUUUGAUAUUGGAUUUAACAAAAGUGAUGAGAUGGUUUAAGAAUCAUAAAGCUAAAACUCUUAAUAAAAAAAUAUUCAAUGAAGAAAUUUAUAAAACAAUAAACAUAAUUUAU